AUGUCACUAUCUACAAAAAAAUGUGGGUGGCGUAUAAAAACGUUUCUUUUCUUUUGGAAUUUCCAUAGGUUAACACUGCGAAAUCUAGGUGGCGAGGAAGUGCUUGAUAAUAUCCAGGAAGAAAUUGUUGAUGAUGGUGAAACAGAUGACACAGGGCAUACCGAUGACAACGGCCCAAAUUGUGACAUGGGUGAGAAUGUAAGUGAAUGCGAACCUGUUGAUGCUGACAUAGGGGAGAAUGAAGAUGAUGAGGCUGAUGUUGCUACUAAUUUGCCAAAUAGGUUCAAUGAAGAGCAACCUUGGAAGGAGCAACAAACCGUGUUAGGUAUAAGCUCGCUACCGACUAGCUUGGAAGGCUUUUGGUACCGUCUCUCCAGAACUUCGAUCAAUCAAUCUUCAAUGCUCAUUGGAAAGGCACCAAGAAAUCGCUCUGAGAUGUGUCGUACGAUGACGUUAAGGAUGACGCUGAUGAUCUGUACCUCACCCAUGGAGAUUAUGGAGAUUUUGUUUAGUUUCUACGUACUAGGUGAAGAACGCAUGGCUUUCUGUAGAAAACAUGAGUGCAAUGCUAAUGCCAACAACUUAACGCUUGAAUUCAUAAGAUUAGACUAUGAAGACCUAAACAUGUUGAACAAAUCCUUCCCAAAUCUUCAAGUUCUUAACUUGGUAGGUGUCGGAGAGGCAUGUUAUGAUCUGGAAGGUUGGGAGACUUGGGAUAGGAGAAAAGGGUUGAAAACAUUUUGUGCAUAUUUGUUGUUGGUUGACCCUUUGUUGACUUUUUCAUCGGUUUCUUCUGUGUUGGAUCAAUGUGUGUAG